UCCACGUUGGAAGUGUCUCCUGUUACUCCUGCGUGUCUGCGCGGCGGAGUCGUGUUACGUCCUGACGGGUAACGCCACGCCGCGCACGUUCCGCCCUCUCCGAAUCGUCUCCUUUCGCCCCCCAAAAACAUGAAGCUGCCGUGUCGUGUCUUGUGUUUUUAAACUGACGUCGAGCCGCUUUGUUGGACUAUGGACGUGACAAGGAGGCUCGGAAUCCCCCUGCUUUGGAUGUUGACCGCGCAGAUCGCCGCGGCCCAGGUGCCCCCGGCAACCAACAUGACCUUACAAUGUCACAACUUCCAAAACAUUGUGUACUGGAAUUACAGCCAGCCGUCGCUGCACCCUAAAUUCAAAAUCAGUAUUUCUGCAUUAUCAGGCCGUCAUAAGCCGCUGUGGGUGGAGUCACCAACCAUGCAUGCCGACAUCUCAUUCCUCAAUGAUCCAGAUAAUGACUACAAACUUAACAUAACUGCUGUGGUUGGACAAAAUGAGUCUGAGACCUCCCCUUCUUUAAUCUUCAGCUAUUUCAUGGACUCUCUGUCGGAACUGAAAUGUUCUGUGGACCUCCCGCCCAUCAAUGUCACCAUCCAACCAGAUGACAUCAUCCGGUUCAGCUUCUUCCACCCCUUGCACUUUUACCGCCAGACAUUGACUGAGAUGGGGAUAAAACCGAAAAAAGAGUGGAAGGUGUUCGACUACAAGGCUUUAGCCAAAGACCAGCGAAAGGAAAAUACGCCACAUGAAUUCUCAUGCGAAGAGAUCGAGUGUGUGGAGCUGCUUGCAGUGGAGAGUGGGCAGAAGAGCUACUGUGUGACUGUAGCUGGACAGUGGGAGAAAUUGGCUGUUAACACCAAACAGGAAUACUGCACCUCGGUCCUUAUACCCAGCAAGGUGAACUAUGUAGUGCUUGGCGUCAUUUUGGCCAUAUUGAUCUGUGUUAUAGCUGGUUCCUUAGUCAUGAUCGUCAUAAAGAAGACAAGCAGCUCCUCCCCCACACCAUCCUCUAUGCUAUUUUCAGGAAGGCAGAACGCCAAUCUACAGGAUGUAGAGAAAACUGAGGUGUCACCCUUGGAGGCUUCCUCCCCCGGGAUCUCUCCUCUACUGCCCCUUGAGGAGGACGAUGAGGGCGAUGAUUUGUCCAUUGAGGACGGGAGCAUGUCUGCCGACCCAAAGGACAGGCUGAAAGUGCCUGAGUACAUGCUGGAUCAAGAUUUCGAUAAAGACCCAGAGGAGUUACCAAGUGGAACCCCUGAAAUGGACAACAACACCUCCAACGGUUACGAACGGCGUCCAGUGACGGUGGACAAGCUCUCUCCCAGCGAAACGGUAAAGGGUUACCGCGUUGGACGCACCGUGCCAGGGGGGGCUUCGUCUAAUCAGAGCCUAUGAGUUUGCACCUUGUACAAAGGAGGAGUAUAAAUGCAAUUUCAUUUUUUUUGCAGCACCUAACUUCCCUAAUUUCCCAUAAUCCAAAUACAUUUUCUUAUACACUAGGGAAUGUAAAUCAACCCUAAAUAUAACUGAAAUUAACUGACUCUUCCAUAGCUCAUGGGAACCACUUGAACUCAUGUUCAAAUGCCAGUAAAUGCAAACUCAGUGCCCCUAAUGGAUGUAUCCCUCUAAACCAAACCGGGAUGAAGUCAUUGAAGAAGCUCAACUAAACCAACUAUGAAAUUUGGUCUGUGCUAUUAACUGCUGUUCCUUAUCCCAUCAGACCUGUGUGGAAGACUGGUUGGUAAGGAAAGAACAAACCCAAGAAUUUUCCUCUAAGCAGUUUGUUCAGUUGGUUUGUGUUAAGAUAUUAUUUUCUUUCAAAGUACCACAAAACAAACAGCUCCAGUUAAGUCCAACCAGAGAAUUUCAACACAAUUUUAACACAGAACUCAAAUUAACGUUUCGGCGGAUGGUGAGCUUUACUUAGACUGUACUUUGAAUGGCAGCUUUCUGGCUGCAACAGCCACUCAAAUCUCUUUACAAUUAAUGCCUCACAUUCACCCAUACACACAAACUCAUACUCCUCCAUGCAAGGUUGCAACGAGUUCAUCGGGAGCAGUUGGGGGUUAGGUGUCUUGCUAAGGGACACCUUGACAUUUUUGCCUGGGAGAGCCAAGGAUCGAGCCGGCAACCCUCCAGUUACCAGUACCCUUUUCUGUCUUAUAUACCUAUUCUGAAAUGCACCUGGAAGCUGAUUUCACUAAGGCCUCUCUUGAACACAAGCUGUUAUCUGUGUGGACUUUCACCUCAACCCCCGCUCCCUCGCCAAAAACAGCAGCAACCUUAAAUACUGACGCUAGCACUUCCCUUGGCCAUUAAUCUGUGUUGUUGUCAAAAAGCCACGUUUGAUGUCCAUCCCUCUGCAACAUUUGACACAGAAUUCAGUUUUCACUUUCUAUAUGAAUGUGCUAUCAAUAUUGAAACACUGACAGGAGGCGGAGCUGGAGGUGGCAGAGUUGAAGAUGCUGAGAUUUUUUUUCAUUGGAAGCGAUGAAGGACAAUAUUAGGAACGAGUAUAUUAGAGAGACAGCUCAGCUUUGACAGAUUGGAGACAAAGCAAGAGAGGCAAGACUGAGAUGGCGUGGACAUAUGCGACAGAGAGACUGGGUAUAUUGGGAGAAGGAUGCUGAGUAUGGAGCUGCCAGGGAAGAGGAAAAGAGGAAGCCCAAAGAGGAGGUUUAUGGAUGUGGUGAGGGAGGACAUGCAGCUGGCUGGUGUGACAGAGGAAGAUGCAGAGGACAGGAAGAGAUGGAAACAGAUGAUCCUCUAUGGCGACCACUAACGGGAGCAGCCGAAAAUAGUAGUAGUGCUACCAAUACUUAACAUAUACAAUACAUACAGAAAAUGCAUAUUACUACAAUUAAGUAUGGUAUCCCAAACAAUAACACUGAGAUCUGAAUAUUGCUUUUCUGCAAAACAUUUUCUCCAAAUACUCCUUAUAUGUGAAAAUGCCUCGUUGCUGUCUACUUUUUUUUUUUUUUUUUUUUUUGCAUAUUGGCACUUUCUUAUUGACGACUCUAAAGAAAAUGUGUUUUUUUUUGUAUGUGUGUACAUGUCUAAGAAAGGAAGGUUAAUGGUGAUGCAUACUGGGCGUCUGGGUGGCGUGGCGGUCUAUUCCGUUGCCUACCAACAUGGGUAUCGCCUGUUCGAAUCCCGGCGUUACCUCCGGCUUGGUCGGGCAUCCCUACAGACACAAUUGGCCGUCUGAGGGUGAGAAGCCGGAUGUGGGUAUGUGUCCUGGUCGCUGCACUAGCACCUCCUGUGGUCGGGUCAGGGCACCUGUUCGGGGGAGGGGGAACUAGAGGGAAUAGUGUAAUCUUCCCAUGUGCUACGUCCUCCUGGCGAAACUCCUCACUGUUAGGUGAAAAGAAGCAGCUGGCGACUCCACAUGUAUCGGAGGAGGCGUGUGGUAGUCUGCAGCCCGCCCCAGAUCGGCAGAGGUGGUGGAGCAGCGACCGGGACAGCUCGGAAGAGUCGGGUGAUUGGCCAAGUACAAUUGUGGAGAAAAGGGGCGGGGGGGAAUGGUGAUGCGUACUUAUUCAAUAAUCCUGUUGACACACUGUAAAGUUUGAAUCUGUAUAGUGAAGUGCUGACUCACUAUACGCACUUGUUUGUGCGUAUAGAGGAUGCUUUUGACGGAACAACAUCACGGUCAUGCCAAUCUAACCUCUUAAGCUAAGCAACCACUUAAUCUAACCAAUCUAACCUCUUAUCCCGAUAGGCUGAUGACAAGAACGAUGGUGCAAGGGUUGCAAAGUCUUCUUUUCAAAACACUAUACACAAUUUUUUUUUAAUACAUUGAUUAGGUUCGGCAUGGGAAAACUUUGAAGUUAGCCUACAUCUUGGGUAGCGACCACUUUGCUGGGGAUUUGCACCAUUAGAAUGGUAUAUAUGAUUUUGAAAUGAAAGUUUGCCAUUACGGGCACAUAAUUUAAGGCUAUUGAUGGUGGAUUACAUUUAUAUAGCGCUUUAUCUAGACACCCAAAGCGCUUCACAUUGAAGGGGGAAACUCACCUCAACCACCACCAAUGUGUAGCACCCACCUGGGUGAUGCACAGCACCCAUUUUGCACCAGAACACUCACCACACAUCAGUUUAAGGUGGAGAGGGAGAAAUCAUUGAGUGAAUAACACGGCGGGGGGGCGGUGAUUAGGUGGCCAGAUGGAUAGAGCCAGGUUGGGAACACCGGGAGACCUCUCCCCCCCCAACACACUCUUUGCAAUAAGUUCCAUGGGUUGUUUAAUUAGCACAGUGAGUCAGGACCUCGGUUUAACAUCUCGUCUGAAGGACGACACCCACUACAGCGCAGUGUCCCUGUCACUGCACUGGGAUUUUUUUUUUUUAAAUUAGGACCAAAGGUAAGACUGCCCCUUACUGGCCCACUUUGAACAGCAACUCAGUUUUACCUGGAGGUCUCCCAUCCAAGUACUAGCCAAGCCUAUACCUGCGUAGCUUCUGUCAUUCAGCAUAGCCAGGGUACAUGUUGUUAUGGCUACUGGCAGUUAUGUAUAUGGAGACAAGAAUGGCUCCAAAUCAUGUUAAACCCAACCAAUGCCUUCAUAACGCAGGUACUCUUAAUCCGAUGCGAGGGUCUAAGGGCGGGAUGUUGUGGUAUUAUAAAGCCCGUUGAGGCAAAUUUGUGAUUUGUGAUAUUGGGCUAUACAAAUAAAAUUGACUUAACUCAGUACCGCUAACUACUAGAGAAGUUAUAUUGGUGCAUCUUUAAGGUUGAUGGUAGCCAGUUCUAUAUACAGCUAUUACUGUCACAUUUAACUGAGCCACCAAGGUUUUUUUCAUUAUAUAUCCAUGAUAUUUUUUUUUAAUUUUCUGUCUUGCCCUGAUUUCAUUACAACCAAAGUUUUGUACAUUUUCUGUUUCAUUUGAUAGCGCAGUUACCAAGGUGAAGAAAUGAAACGGGUGGGCAUGUGACCGCCAGGAACUACCUUAUGUGUGAUUAGACCCACUGUAAGAAUUAAAAAAAAAAUCCUGAAUUGUGUUUGUUUUCUCUA